AAAAUAUAAUCAGAGAAAAUGGUUUUACUUAAUUAAUGCGUUCAUUUUCAGGCAAUGAGUAGAGCUCGUAGAAUCGGCCAACAAGAAGUUGUGAACAUCUACAGAUUUGUCACAAGCAAAAGUGUUGAGGAAGAUAUCUUGGAGCGAGCUAAGAAAAAGAUGGUUCUUGACCACCUGGUGAUCCAUAAAUUGAAUGCAGAAGGCAGAUUGGAGAAGGGGAGUUAUUUUGACAAGAAUGAGCUUUCAGCUAUCUUGAGAUUUGGAGCAGAGGAACUUUUUAAAGAAGAGAAGAAUGAAGAAGAAAGUAAGAAAAGGCUCUUGAGUAUGGAUAUUGACGAAUUUAAUUUAAACUUUAUAUGCUUACAGGUGGAAACUAGCUUAAGUCUUAUGUUCUUAAUAAUAAAAGGACUUUUUUUUUACAAUGUGAAGGUAUAUUGAGAUGAUUUCUUUGGAGCAAUUCUUGACAAUAUUUGUAGUUGAGGCCUUUAGAAUGGAAGAAUGUAUUUCACUAAUUUUUGUAUACAUUUCUUGUUUUGUAUUUAGUGAUAAAUGAAUCUGAAUUAGGCAUAAAUUAUGUUGUAAUAUGAUUUCUUAAACCUAGACUAGUAGACUAAAUAUUGUAAUUACAUUUGAGUAAUUAAUAAAAAUCUAUUUAUGUUACCUUA